CCCGCCCACACAAGUGACGCGUCAGGGACCGUGUGGAGCGGAGAGAGGAAAGCAGCUUUAAUUGCGGGGCAGAGAGAAAAGCCAGCGAUGGCUUCGCUCGGGCAGGAGCACCGCUAUGGGCUCUCCUGUGGAAAAAAUAACCGAGGCAGCCCCAGCAGGACGCUGUACCAUGUCAAGCUCACGGACACGGCUAUCAGAGCGCUGGAGGCUUAUCAAAACCUCAAGGGGUCUUUACCAAGUGAACCAUCAAUUUGUUUCAAAGGAAACCAAGGGUACAUCAAGAUCCCAGCUCCCACACCAGAGUCGCUGUCUGCACUUCGCGUCUUCUCGUUCUACUUAUCCAGCGACAGCAAAGACCAACCUCAAGCCAGUUUUGAUUGCAUCCAUCAAUAUGUCUCAAGUGACGGCCGUGAGCAGCUGGAAGGUCAGGGCAUAAUCCAGGACAAGAUCACCGUGUGUGCCACCGACGAAUCCUACCAGAUGACCCGUGAGAGAAUGUCUCAGGUGGAGAAGGACAGCUGGAGCCGUUCUGCCAUUGAGAUCAAACCGGGAGCCACACAUCCAAGUAAAUGUGUCAAGCUGCACAAGAGGCCAGCUCCUCCUCCUGCGUCGGACAGCAGCUUCUAUAAGCAGUCUGCCAACAGCCGGAGGAAUGGCUGUAUGGCCACGACGACCCAGAAGCCCCUGAGGGAACGCAUUAUCCACCUGCUGGCUCUCAAACCCUACAGGAAACCAGAGCUGCUGCUGUGGCUCGAAAGAGAAAGAGCUGGCCCCAAGGACAAGGCCGAGCUGAGCCCUAUACUGGAGGAGGUGGCAAAAGUGAAUCCCAAAGACAGCAGCUACCUGCUAAAGGAUGACUUCUACAAGCACGUGCAGAGGGACUGGCCAGGCUACAGCGAGGAGGAGAGGCAGCUGAUCAGCAGGCUGCUGGCCAGGAAGAUGCAGCCGCAGAUUAGCACCCAAUCAAGAAAUCUUCAUGCAAAUGUGUCGAUACUAAAGACCUCAGAGGAUACGACACUACAUCACAGCACAGGGAAAAAUCCUGCAGUGAAACGCCCCGUGCCUUUUGACUCACUGGAAAGGCUAGCCGUUAAGAGACAAAAACUUAUAGAGCAGAGGUCACAACAGCAGCCCACUGUAAACGGACUCUUUAACAAUAGAGGAGGACAUGACAAUGCAGCUCCGACCCUCAACCCCAGCUUCCACACAAAGACUGAGUUUCAAAGAACAACUAACCAUACUGGUAACCAGAAUGGCUCACCAGGAGGCCACAGUGGCCUUCCUCUCAUGCACAAACUGUCCAGCACCUCUGACGCAACUGUGCCAGAGAGCAAGGAGCAAGAGCCCAAAGUAAGCCGCCAUCAGCCACCGCAGGGUGGCUCUAACUGCACUCACCAGCAGCUCACAACCAGCCAGCACAGAAAGAAGAAAUCUAAAAAGCACAAAGACAAGGAGCGGGAGAGGUUAAAAGACAGCCAGGGCAGCGAUUGGUUGGAGACAAAUCCUGACCUGAAGCACCCGGACAAAUUUGACAAUCCUGACAUCACAAAUGCUGUGGCCUCUGAGGAGAAGCCGGAUUAUGUGCUCACCUACGGCACCAUAAGGAGUUUGGAGCAACGUCAGAGGUACCAGGAAGAUUUCUGCGCAGAGUAUGACGAGUACAAAGACCUCCACUCACGGAUCGCCACCAUAACUCACAUGUUUGUUCAGCUAGGAUCCAAGAUCAAGAGCCUGUCCCCUGGCACACAAGACUAUAAGAUAAUGGAAGACCAAAUACUAGAAAAGUACAACAAGUAUCGGAAGAAGUUCCCAGGCUACCGGGAGGAAAAGAAACGCUGCGAGUAUCUCCAUGAGAAACUGUCCUUCAUCAAACAGCUCAUCAUAGACUAUGAUGUCUCUCAGGCUUCUUCAUAGCAGAGGCUCCUCCCCUCACACGUUGACAUCAGAUUUUUUAUAUGGAAGCUCCAUUCUUUGCAGAAACAGCACAGGUGUCAAACAAGGCGUUGUUACCUGAGAGUGAUAUAGAAGGUUUCGGAUGAAACUGCAGGCGUCAACACAGACUGCUUCCGCUGGGACUAUGGAUGACGCUGUGAGCACUAAUGAUUAUAAGUCAAGAACUGAUUUCACUCUGGUAUUUGUAAGUCUAUUUGUAUUGAAGCUAUUAUUUCUUUCUAAUGUUAUGUUCAUGGGAAAAGUUCAAGGGAGAAGCAAUGAUAGUCUGGGGAUUAUGAGAUUUGCGCGUCUGUGCAUGUCCCGAUGCCAUGACAGACAGUUUCCCUAAUAGUUUUUGCCAGCCCUGUUAAAACCAGUGUCAGUGUAAGCCACUUUGUUGGAAAUAUGUAAAAGGUAGCAAAUAUGACUUUGACUCACUCACUUUGGUUUUGACACAUUAAGUCAAUCAUUGCUCCAGGCAAGUUUUCACUUUCCUUUUUUAAAAAUUUAUAGAUUUCAAUAUGCAGUCAAAGAGAGUGUCGUCUAAAAAAUAUCCAUAUCAAAGUUGCCUCAUGCGUGAUACAUGAUUGAAGCAGCCCAUUGCAAAAAAGUCAUAGUUUAAGUCAUUUCAUCUCAGAUUCAGCCUUUACAUCUCUUUAUGCAGAUGGGACAAGAUAACUCCACUUGCUUCCAUUGUAGUUCCCCGUAAUGUUUCAGGCAUGUUUAAAGCAAUCACUGCAUCAGCAUCAAGACACUGACACCUGAUUUUUUUUUUUAACAAAGUCUUAAAAGAAGUUGAUUUUGUAUUGGAAAUAGGUGAAAUAAUCUCAUCCUCUGGGAGAAGGUAAGGUUGUUAGGACUCAAUAAUAUACAAAGUGGUGCAUUAAAAUGAAGAUAUUUUUGCAUUAUAGCCAUUAAGGGGUUUCUACUGUUCACUUGGAUUCUUCUGGUUAGCUUGUCUUGUGAAUGGAGCAUGUGGUGUAUUGCACAGUAAAUUCAAAUUCUUAAAACACUUUAUAACAUUUUGAAAGCAGAUGACUAUUAUGAUAAAGAAUUGGAAAAUAUUAAAAUGGAUGGAUAUGUUAAUAGAACCCGAUGCAGCACAGCACAAUGACGUAUAUGCUGUCUCCCAGGAGCACUCGUGUCUACCUAAAGUAUUGAUUCACCACACCUCUUUCUUUUGAAUGAUUGGUAAAGGGACCAAAAUGCUUGGCCUUAAUGGCUUUGCAAUAGCUUGGUGAGGAAAGAUGAUUUUCCUCCGCAAAACAUUUACUAACAUGGUUAAUCAGGCGGCCAGUCUCGUUUUGAAGUAUUUCAACCCACUAGAGAGAAACGUGUUUCUCUCUUUUGCUUAAAACUACUGAUGUAUUUAUUUUAAGCCAGCUUCCUCUGUCCUGUGUUGUUGGUCUCCUCAGACCUUGUUAGAUCAAAGUGUUUGUAUCCAAGCGGCUUGGGGGGGAGUAAGUUGGGAGAGGUUGUGAGUGGAUGAAAGGCUCGGCUAUCAUAAUAUGUUGUAUGUUUUGUCUCUGUCUGACCUGACACAGUUGUGGAGAGUCACUGGGUUGAAGCUGCCCCAAAGUCUUUUAAAUAUUAAUGUUGAAAUGGCAAAGAAAAGCUUCAGAUGAGAGGGUUGGUGGCCACUUCACCCAAUACUUAAAACUUGUCUGACAAUGGUUCGCUUAUACACUAUAAAGAAAAAAAACUCUUAUCACACACUACGAGAGUAAGGUGCAAAGCAUGGAGGUACAUUACGUAUUUGUUCAUAUUGUACUGCAUGGUUGGAUUACUUGAGCCAUUUGAGAAUUCAGACAGCACGACAAAAAUGGGAGACGACACACUAAAUUGUGGGCUUUGAUAGCGUACAGUGAACGAUUUCAGUAUCAUCCCUACAUUGUUGGUCCUCAUGGAAAUAAGGAGCCAUAUUAGUAAAAAAUGUCCAUUUGCUACAUCAUAACCAGUUUUGGUACUUGAGUAUUUUAAAUACUAGGACGGAGGUUUUUAUAUCCUAAUCCUUAACAAUCAGUACCCAUGCAGGUUUUUUGCACUAAACCCAGUUUUGUUUUUUUUUGUUUUUUUAAAGGUGUGUGUGGGGGGGGGGGCAGGCUCGUGAAAUAUCCAUUCAGAUUGUAAUUGUUCAUCGUGGUUUUGUACUGAAUGUUAUCACAAAGUCAAUGACGUACGUAGAAGCCUUAAGAUUACCCUUUUAUAGGACAAAAACCUUCAAACUGCCAAUAUCAACACACUCAUCUGAUAUCUGCCUUAUAUUACUGUUAGCUAUUAAACCUGUCUCGGCCAUUUCACUGUUCAAAUGGAUGCCAACGGUGGCUUUCUCACACGUUUGAAUAUUACUUUCUGGAGGCAAAAUAUUUCAUAAUGUAUUUAAAAAAUUGCUUAGUGCACACUUUGAUUCGCUAUGAUGGCAAGUCUUACUCAGAAGAUGCAUUUGCAAUCCCUCUGGUACUUUUUUUAAAUCAUCACUGAGGCCUAUGGUCAGGUAUUUAUCAUUAGGAAUAUAACUGUGGUUUGUAAUAUCACUGAUAUUCCUGUUUGCAUCCCAUCUGACCAAGCUCUGAGUAUAUGGUUGAUUGGAAGACUCUCUUCAGUGAUUUCUGCUGUAUACAUUUCAAAAAAAUCAAAUUCUUAAAAUAACAAUUGUCAAUCACUUUCAAGUAGGGGGUGGUAAUUAUGAAAAUGUUUCAGGGGGAAAAUGAUAUGAUGUGUCAAUUGGUUGAUUGAAGACCAUAAUUAUCUGUGGGUAUUUGACUAUGAUGAAAGACUCACUGGUCUUGAAGACAGAAUAUUUCUUACAAAGUCACUAAAUUAAUUCUAUUUAUCUGUGCCAGCCUCAGCUACAAUAGAAGGUUCAUAAGGUGUUUUGUUUUUUGGACUGGUGCUGAGCGUUCACAAGGCACCAGUGUGAACUGCACAGUAUGUGUUUUUAUGUACUGCGUACCUGCUGAAAGGAAGUCAGAGCAUUAUGAACUGCAUUUUACAAAUGUAUACUUUCUCUUCUCCUGUUGUGCAAAGUUCAAAAGAAUAAAAACAUCAAAGUUA